AUUUUCUAGUCUCCUGCAGUGUGGAGUCGGUGUCGGAGCGGCCAUGGCAUCAGAGCGAGGAAUCCCCACGGAGACAUCCCCGUUGCUGGGGUCCCAGAGUAAUACUGAGUCCAUAGGGGCCAUCCCCCACACUGGCGGCCAGCGGGAUCUUGAGUCUGCAAGCCAGCAAACCGCCGCACGGGAGGAUGAGGAGGAGAAUCAGGCCAAAUCCUCGUCAGAGGUGCGCCCAAAUUUGAAGUAUAUCCUACCGGCUGUAUCUAUCGGGAUCUUCUUGUCGGCGGCCGACCAGACCAUCAUCAUGGCCAGUUAUGGUCAGAUUGGCAGCGAUCUGCAGGCCCUCAAUUUGACUAAUUGGAUUGCUACCUCGUAUUUUCUGACCCUGACCUCUUUCCAACCGCUCUAUGGGAAAUUGAGUGACAUCUUCGGCCGCAAGACCUGCCUAUUGUUUGCCUAUGCCAUUUUUGGGAUCGGCUGCUUGUUCUGCGGUACAGCUCAGAGUAUUAACCAGCUGAUCGCAGCACGAGUCUUUCAAGGUAUCGGAGGCGGCGGGAUGACGACUGUGGUCAGCAUUCUCCUGAGCGAUAUCGUCCCUCUGCGUGAACGAGGUGUGUGGCAGGGAUUUAUCAAUGUGAUUUAUGCGACAGGUGCGGGUAUUGGCGCACCACUAGGUGGGGUUCUGGCUGAUUACAUCGGCUGGCGAUGGGCGUUUAUCGCGCAGGUUCCCCUCUGUGCCCUUGCCUUUGUUGCUGUCACAAUAAUGCUGGAGCUGCCGGCCAUUGAAGACAGUCACUGGAAGACGAAGCUCAGCCGCAUCGAUUUUCCCGGCGCUGUGGUUCUUGUGGGAGCUGUAUUUGGGUUUCUCUUGGGUCUAGAUCGCGGCAGCAACGUUUCCUGGACAAUCCCCAUCACCAUCAUAUCUUUGAGCGUCUCGGCGGCUCUUUUCGUGCUGUUUGUGAUCGUGGAGUGCUUCUAUGCCGCGGAGCCCUUUGCCCCCGGCCACAUCAUCUUCAACAGGACCUUCUUCGCCGCUUACGGAUGCAACUUUUUCAGCUUCGGCGCCUGGCUGGCUGCCCUUUUCUAUAUCCCGCUCUACUUCCAGGCUGUCGACGGCGUCUCGGCCACGAUCGCAGGGCUGCGUCUGUUGCCCAGCAUUAUCUCCGGCGUCAGCGGCUCGCUCUUUGCGGGAUUCGUGAUGAAGUGGACGGGGAAGUUCUACUGGUUGACAGUCUUCGCGUACGCUCUGCUUACACUGGGUCUGACGACCAUCACCCUUGCCUCCGGGGGCGUCUUCGAGAGUACCAUAGUCAUGGUUUUGGGGACUGUUUUCUGUGCCUUUGGAAAUGGCACCGGCGUCACUUCCACCCUUAUCAGUCUGAUCUCCAACGCCACCCCAGAAGACCAAGCCGUCGUCACUGCCUGUUCGUACCUCUUCCGCUCGCUGGGGUCCGUCAUCGGCCUUUCGCUCUCCUCCACCGUGGUUCAACAGGUUCUGCGGACUCGACUGCAGUGGGCCCUACGCGACAGCGACGACAUUGAUUCCAUCGUGGACGGCGUCCGCCAGAGCCUAGACUACAUCAAGACCCUCGACCCGGCGGUCGCGAGGAUCGUGCGCAGCUGCUACGGCUGGGCUACAAAUAAGAGCUUUGCUUUCGUGGUUGGCAUUGCCUUCUGCUCGUUUGCCUGUAGCUUGUUUAUUCAUGAGAAGAGGUUGAGUCACUAAAAUCCGGUUCGCCAUGAAGUUAGAGACAGGAUUGGUUGUCGUAAGUUGUGGGGGAUUUGUGGAAGUAUGGGGAGGAUGAGUUUAUGGGAUUUAUGAAGCGAAGCGAAGCAGCAUAGCUAGACUUGGUUUCGGCCGAGGCAUUGUUUUUAGAAAAGGGUUUCUUUUUUUCUUGCCUUUUCGCGAUGAGGGCAUUUGUGAGGUCUGGUCUUUGCAAGAUAUACAUGAUGAUACAUGGUUUAUGCUUGGGUGAGUACUAGGGGAAUGAGCAUUUGAAAUGGAUACUUAGGUUU